GGAGCGGGCGGGCUCCUUCGCUUCCUUUUGACCUUUCACCCCAAGAUGGCGGCGCCCGUCGGUCCGCUGAAGUUUUGGAAGCCGGGGACAGAAGGGCCUGGUGUCAGCCUUUCAGAGGAGAGACAGAGUGCUGGUGAAAGCUCUAGUGUUUCAGUGAUCUAUAAUCCAUAUGUUUCCCUUUCUAUUGAACAACAGAGGCAAAAACUACCAGUUUUUAAGCUUAGAAACCACAUCCUUUAUCUGGUAGAAAAUUAUCAGACAUUGGUGAUAGUUGGAGAAACAGGAUGUGGGAAAAGCACUCAGAUUCCUCAAUAUCUAACAGAAGCUGGCUGGACUGCCGAAGGGAGAGUGGUGGGAGUAACACAACCUCGGAGAGUUGCUUGUGUUUCAAUCGCUGGCCGGGUAGCUGAGGAAAGGGGUGCCUUGCUGGGUCAUGAAGUUGGGUACUGCAUACGAUUUGAUGAUUGUACUGAUCCACAAGCUACAAAGAUUAAGUUCCUGACUGAUGGGAUGCUGGUGAGAGAAAUGAUGGCUGAUCCAUUGCUAACAAGAUACAGUGUCAUCAUGUUGGAUGAAGCCCACGAGAGGACCUUAUAUACAGAUAUUGCCAUUGGCUUAUUAAAAAAGGUUCAAAAGAAACGAGGAGACCUUCGCCUGAUUGUUGCAUCAGCUACACUGGAUGCAGAGAAAUUUAGGGAUUUCUUUAACCAAAAUGAGACCAGUGACCCAAGCAAAGAUACCAGCAUGAUCCUUACAGUGGAAGGGCGGACAUUUCCAGUGGAUGUCUUCUACAUUCAGAGGCGCAGACUUCAGUGGAGGAGGGCUUCGGGAACCUUCCCCCGUCCCCUUCUGCACCGGCCAGCUGGAGCAGACUUCAGACGAGUGCUACGGGGACUCGGUGGAAUCUUCAUGCUUUUCCUCCCCUGGAAUCUUAGUCCUUCCCUUCCCCCUCCACAGAAGGGAUAUGGGCAAACCUGGCAGCACCUUCAUGCCCUCUCUCCUCCUCCUCCACAGAAGGAGAUGGACAGUCCUGUUCCAGAUUAUGUGAAAUCAACUGUGGAAACUGUUAUGAAAAUCCAUCAGACAGAAGGUGAUGGGGAUAUACUGGCAUUUUUAACUGGCCAGGAGGAAGUGGAAACAGUUGCUUCUAUGCUGAUAGAACAGGCCCGUGUCCUUGCUCGCACAGGGAUGAAAAGACACCUGCGAGUUCUUCCAAUGUAUGCAGGAUUACCUGCUACUGAGCAGAUGAAAGUGUUUGAGAGGGUAUCUCCCAAUGUUAGAAAGGUGAUAGUGGCCACUAAUAUUGCAGAAACGUCCAUCACAAUCAAUGGAAUUUCAUUUGUGAUUGACUGUGGCUUUGUGAAACUACGUGCGUAUAAUCCAAAAACAGCUAUUGAAUGCCUUGUGGUUGUCCCAGUAUCAAAGGCCUCGGCCAAUCAGAGAGCGGGUCGUGCAGGCCGGAACCGCUCAGGAAAAUGCUACAGACUUUACACAGAGGAAGACUUUGAGAAGUUGCCACAGUCCACCAUUCCCGAGAUGCAGCGCAGUAACCUGGCACCGGUCAUCUUGCAACUCAAGGCUUUAGGAAUUGACAAUGUGCUUAGAUUUCCUUUCCUCUCGCCUCCACCUGCUCAGUCAAUGGUUCAAGCUUUGGAGCUGCUCUAUGCAUUAGGAGGGCUUGAUAAAUAUUGCCGCCUCACUGAACCUCUUGGAAUCAGGAUAGCUGAGUUUCCUUUGAACCCAAUGUUUGCAAAGAUGCUCCUAGAAUCAGGGAAUUUUGGCUGCUCACAGGAGAUCCUGAGCAUUGCAGCCAUGAUGCAGAUCCAGAAUAUCUUUAUGAUUCCUCCAAACCAAAAGUCACAAGCUAUCAGAGAACACAGAAAAUUUGCUGUGGAGGAAGGCGACCACCUCACUAUGCUUAAUGCUUAUGAAGCCUUUAUAAAACACAACAAGAGUUCCCAGUGGUGUCAGGAUCACUUUCUGAAUUAUAAAGGUCUUGUCCGAGCCACAACUGUGAGAGAACAGCUGAAAAAACUUCUUGUCAAGUUCAAAGUACCAAAAAAGUCCAGUGAAGGAGAUCCAGACCCUGUUCUAAGGUGUAUAGUUUCUGGAUUCUUUGCUAACGCAGCCAGAUUUCACUCUACCGGAGCAUACAGGACUAUUCGCGACGACCAUGAACUUUAUAUACACCCCACCUCAGUGCUGUAUGCAGAGAAGCCUCCUCGUUGGGUUGUCUACAAUGAAGUCAUGCAGACCUCAAAGUAUUACAUGCGAGACGUUACAGCAAUUGAAUCUGCUUGGCUAUUGGAACUGGCCCCUCACUUUUACCAGCAAGGAACGGUACGGACUCGGCAUAGCCUCCAAACGCACCUUUCCCUGAAAGCCAAAAGAACUAAAGUGGAUGAUCACUGACUCUCUGUGGCUGUCGAACUUUGCAGCGUGAGACGCAGAACCUGCCGCCAAUUUGAAACUGUGCUACUGUCCAUCCAACAAUUAGUUGAUUAGCAACCUGACCCCACAUCAACUAUUAACUGUUGAAAUGCCUGCCUGCCAGGAUCCUGUAGGGAUUUUUGCAUGACCAAUACAUUGUAACACUUAAGUA